AGACUUCAAAGAGGCAGACUGAGAGGAAAAACAAGAAGCAAAUGUAAAUGCUCUUCAAUGAUCUGACCAUCAGUGUUCACUCAGGGAUUUACACUAUCUACACUCUUCUGACUUUUUAGUUAAGGUUUCACAGGCAUCCAAUAAAAAUGGGUUGCUUUGGAUUUUUGAAAGCAACGAUGUUCCUCUUCAAUGGUAUCAUCUUUCUUGCCGGGUCAGCUAUUUUGGGUGUCGGGAUCUGGGUGAAGGUGGACAGCGGAUCUGUCCUGAGCGCUCUGCAGAAAGUACAGGGAGCUCCAGGGGAACUGGGGCAGCUCUUGAAUGUGGGAUAUCUCCUGAUCGCAGUGGGCGCUGUGCUCCUCAUACUGGGAUUUCUGGGCUGCUGUGGAGCGGUCCGAGAGAGCAGGUGUAUGCUGCUGCUGUUCUUCAUCGUUAUUCUGAUUGUCUUCAUCGUUGAAAUCGCUGGAGUGAUUGUGCUUUUGGUUUUUAAACCUCUGGCAGAAAGCCUGAUACAACGGGUGGGAGAUGAAGCUGUGAAAAACAUCAGGAAAGAUUUUGGGAAAAACAAAGAUACCACUGGACUCUGGAACUCAACCAUGGCAACGUUAAAGUGUUGUGGUUUCUUCAACUACACCGAUUUCACGGGUUCACCUUUUGUGAAUGAAACCGGCACUUACCCAUCUCAGUGCUGCAGUAGGUCGGCCUGCAAUAUGACCGCUGCUUUUGACUCAGCUGUGUCCGGUUGUUUUGGAAUACUGAAAAAGCUGAUAGAUGAUAAUGUAGUCAUCAUCAUAGCUGUAGCACUGGGCAUCGCCGCUCUUGAGCUUGCAGCGAUGACCGUCUCCAUGACCCUGUAUUGUAGAAUAGGGUCAAAACGGGAUUAAAGUCUCACUUCGCCUUGAAUAUCUCUCUAAUGACUCCUCUGGGACGUGGCGGAUUGCUGAUCAUCUUUACGUUCAUAACAUAUCUCUAUGGCUUAUUCCAUCCAUUUCAUAAUGCAUCAAACAAAGUUUCUUUAGAUAAGAACGCAUACUAAAUGCCUUAAUUUUAAAUGCAAACGUACAUACGUUUUAGAAAUACCCCAUUUCUGCUAUAGUAAAGUUGAACGUUAAAACUAGCAUUUUUUUACUGUAUUUUUUUGUGUUUAAUGUUUCCUGAAUGUACUGUAACUGACUGAAUUAAUCUUUUACAGCCUUGUCUAUGCAAGACUUUUUGUUCCUAAAUAAUGUACAGAAUAUAUGUAAUCGAAUAGCACCAAAAGUGAUAUUUUGUAAUUAUGAACACAAUGUGGGCUUUUUAUUAUAUGUGCAAUGACCAAAAAUCACAUUUUAUUCAAACAAAUAUUUUUGAUUUAUUGUCAUGUAAAUAUUUUUACAAACCAGAGCUAUUUUAAAUAUUAUGCUUGUUCACUAAUAAAGCACACCAUUAAUCCUUAAAGCUUGUGGAUGCACAGAGAUUUUACAAAACAGAAUAAGAUCAUAUUUUCUUAAAAUGUGCAUUUGAGAGUUUUGUUUUUAUUUUGACCACAAUUAUAGAAGCAAUCUUUGUUUGUUGUAUUGUUUUUAUUAUAUUUAUGAAAUAAAAGUGUCCUUGUUCUGCUGUUAGACUGUAUAAAUCCUGUGUUUAACUGGAAUCACGUUUAGUUAUAUCUACAUUGUACCACUGUUGUAAUAGUCUUGUGCAUUUCACAGGUACAAAAGUGUUUGCUUGAUACUGUUUGAAAUUUUAGCCCAUUUUUAAGGUUUAUGCAAUUCAAUUUCUUUACAUUACAUCAAAUUGAAUUGUAUAUAUUUUUAACAAACUUAAAUUAAAAAACCUAAAAUAUAGUUUUCAUUACUUUUACUUUGCUAAAGAUGACUUGAUUCGUUUUAAUGGAAUUUUGUUAUGAAAUGAAAAGGUGUAAAUCUUAAAAUGAUCUUUUGAGUGAACUUGUGAAUAUAUAAAUGGGCAUGAAUUCAGUGCAGAGGGUGAAUAAUUCAUAUAUUGAAUUUCAAGGCUUCAUUUAAGCUACAUGCAUUGAAAUCACACCGACCCAUAACAUGCAUCUUUAAAGUGAGCUUAAAACAUCUACACAGGAUCUUCAUUCAAAUGUGGCACAUUUCUGAGUUACUUAAAAUGUUGAACAGUGAGCACAUAUAAUGUCAGGUUUGGUGGUAAAGGUAGAGCGUGCAGGCUUUUGAGCAUGAAUUGUGAUCAUGGGAAAAUUGCAAGCUACAAUUUUACAGUUGUAAGUCUAUAAAAUAAUUAAUAUUUUUGAGUUGAU